CGGACACGAGCACAUAUUUCGAUAAAAAUUUUCUUGCAGCAGUCGGUCGACGUUGCAACUUGGCCCAGCUCAAUCUAUCAUAUAUUCAGUGGUCGCCUUUCCGCCUGCAAAACUCCCAAAUACAACGACUUUCUAAGCACACAAACAACUUGUCUAUUAUCUCCAUGGCUUCCGAAACUAUCACCCUCCCAAUCUCCUUGGAUUUCCAAAUCAGCGUGGGUUACAGCAAACCAUCGAUCGGGAAAUUAGCUGCGCCUGAAACGAAGACGAUCUUGCCGCUUGGUCGAGCGUUCCAAUACCAUGCCACUCGGGUCCUGAACAAAUGGACCUUGGCCGAACAUGAGGCUGCGAUUGCUAAGGAGCUAGAAGCCACCAAGAACGAUUCGGCUGGCGAUCUGGGCGACGAAGUGGAUGAUGGCGUAGGAGAGGAGCCUGAGAGUAGAUACAUCCUUGAGCUCGAUCCGCGUGAUUGGAAGAACCAAGACCAGUAUGCCGUCUUGGGAUUGUCUUCGUUGCGUUGGAAGGCUACGCCCGAUCAAAUUAAACGUGCUCAUCGAAAGAAAGUCUUGCGUCAUCAUCCCGAUAAGAAAGCUGGACAAGCGGGCAACGCAAACGAUGACAGUUUUUUCAAGUGCAUUUCUAAAGCCUAUGAGACCUUGUCAGACCCAGUGAAGCGACGCCAAUUUGACUCGGUCGAUGAAGAAAUUGACGAUGGAGACAUCCCCUCAGAAAAGGAAGUGAAUGCGAGUCCGGAAGCAUUCUUCAAGCUCUACAGUCCCGUCUUCGAAAGGGAGGCCCGCUUCAGUCUCAAACAGCCUGUGCCCUCGAUCGGUGACAUCAACAGCACUCGGGAAGAGGUCGAAGAGUUUUAUGACUUUUGGCUCAAGUUUGACAGUUGGAGGAGCUUUGAAUGGAAGGAUAAGGACGCAAAUGAAGGCUCAGACUCACGAACGGAAAAGCGUCACAUCGAAAACAAAAACCGAUCGGAGCGUGAACGCCGCAAGAAAGAAGAUAACACGCGACGAAGAAAUCUUGUGGAGACCGCAUUAUCACUCGAUCCGCGUAUGAAGCGAUUUAAGACGGAAGAACGUCUAGCCCGAGAAGCGAAACGCAAGGGCCCGAAUGCCUCCGCCAGCACACCUGCGACGCUCUCUGCCGAACAGAUCAAAGAGAAAGAAGCGGCCGAAUUGAAAGCUAAACAAGAGUUAGAAAAGAAGAACGAGGAAUCGAAGUCGGCGAAGGAGGCUGCCAAGAAAGCGAAAGAGGCGGCCAAGAAGAACUUGAAGAAGGAGAAGAAGACGAUCCAAUCGAUCGUCACCGGCUCGAACUACUUCCUCGCCGAUGGCGAGAGCGUGAAUGCCAGUGUGAUCGAAGGCCAAUUGAGCGAAUUGGACCUCUUGUUUGCCGCACUCGAACCCGAAGAAGUCUCCGAAUUACGCAAGGAAAUGGAAAGUAACCAUGGCCAGGGUAAACCUGCCGUGAAAGCUGUGCUCAUUCGAUUUGCCAAGAAAGUCUCGGAUGCUAAUAAGGCCUCCUUCAAGCAAUUUGUUUAAACAUUGCUCAUUAUCUAGAUUCAUAAUAGAACUACAUCCUUCCACCACAUCUUAUUGAUUUCUCAACAAAUUUCAAGUUUUAGUUUGAAGUAUUAAGAGCUUAGUUGCAGUUGAAGUAGUUGUCACUCCAUGAUUGUCAUUGUCAAUUCUUUGUUUGAGAGUCAUCCAGAGGAUGGUAUUGAGGUAAACCCACAAAUGCUCCGCCCCAUAGAAUCGAUUCAGGCAAGGACGGAUUCUUCUGCACUUUUUUUUGGCUUUGCAGAAGGCCCAUUUGACUUUCGACUCAUUUAAUGUGAGAC